AUGCCCAGGAAGUUCUCCUUUCCCAACAUAAAGGCGUAUGACGGCACCAGCGAUCCAGACGAUCAUGUCGCCCAAUACAGACAAAGGAUGCUUGCCAUAGCACUCCCAAAGGAGUCGCGUGAAGCUACCAUGUGCAAAGGAUUCGGCUCAACCCUGACCGGACCCCCUCUGCAAUGGUACAUAAACCUACCCUCCAGGUUCAUAGCCUCCUACGAUAUCCUCAGCGACAAGUUGGUGGAAAAAUUCGCCAGCAGCAGAGGCCUGGAGAAAACCUCUGAUAGUCUAUACGAAAUCCUCCAGCAUAGGGCGGAACCCCUACGAAGCUACAUAGCCCGUUUCAAUCAAGAAAAGGCGUCCAUUCCUGAAUGUAGCAUCCCCACUGCCAUCUCUGCCUUCAAGAAAGGCUUACUCCUCGACGGAGACCUCUAUAGGGAGUUGACCAAGGACCAGUGCAAGAAAAUGGAAGACGUCCUGUCCCGAGCCUGGGCACAUGUAAAAUGGGAAGAAGAUGUCGCCAGUCGCGCUAAGGUGCAGCUAAAGCAAGACCCCAAGACGGUCAGACCGGACCGAAACGAGCGAGAUGAGAAACCCUCUCCGAGACCAGCCAAGGAUUCCGGGAACAGAAACCGGGGCAGAUACCAUAACAGACCAAUCGAGAAGGCAGAAGGGAUGGCAAUAGGCCAACAGGUCAAGUGGCCUCAGAAGAUGAAAGCACCCUAUCCGUUCCGGAACCCUGGUCUCUGGUGCGACUUCCACUGUGACAACGGUCACAAAACGGAGGACUGCAUCGCCCUGAAGAUCGAGGUCAACGAAUUGCUUAAGAAAGGACACCUCAGCGAGUUCCUUUCCGAAAAGGCCAAGAGCAAUCUAAGCAAGGAGACAACGGGAAAGCCACUGAAGCUGCUCCUGUUUCGCCACCUCGACAGGACCGAAUGA